AUGUCUCAAACGGUCAGUCCAACACCUGACAGUCCCAUAUCGCCACUGCCAUCCACUGCCACAGAUGAUGAGACCAUUGACGUCACAGACGAUGACAGUCAGCCAUGGAGUAAUGACAUCUACACAGGUGUGGUCAACGCUAGAGUUUCCUGCUCUCGGGAUGACGUCGAGCUGAGGCCAGCCCUAGAUUCAGACGACGCGUCGUGCAGCUACAGUAACAUUAUGCAAAGUAAGUUUUCCUCACAGGAGCUGCGUGAAUUAAGGUCAAAGAUCAAUAGCCGUGAACGGAAGAGGAUGCACGACUUAAACUCUGCCAUGGACUCACUCCGGGAAGUCAUGCCUUACGCCGCGGGACCCUCUAUGCGUAAAUUGAGUAAAAUCGCCACCCUGACUUUGGCUAAAAACUAUAUUUUAAUGUUAAGCAAAUCCGUGCAAGAUUUAAAACAACUGCUGGACGAGCUACACAAGGGAGCUCACUCAAUGUAUCAACACCCUUAUUUACAUCGCAAGUCUCCAGAUUUUCACCCGGCAUGCUCUUUGACCGGAUAUUCCCAAACUGGACUGUUCACAAAUAAUCAACUUUCUCUUCAUCCCAACUUUUUCCAUCCAAACAUAACUUACUCCGCUACAGCCUCGCACCUAUCAAACAUGAAUGUGCCAGUCUCCACACAACUGUCUCACACCCAGGGAAUCAACAUGCCGUCUUAUAGGAGCAUGGCGUGCCCAUGUACAGCCCCAAAUGAUUACGCCUCCUCCAGGCUACCAAGGUUGGCCUCACAGAGUUCGUUGGUUCUGCAAAGUAGUAGCGGUAAAAUACAGCCUCCCCUUUAA